AUGAACCAUCCUAUGAAUGAAAUAUUUUUGAGAGUUCGGAAAGAAGGAUCACACAAUGGUACCAUUUCAAUCCUUGAUAUCUUCGGUUUCGAGAAUUUUACUCGUAAUAGUUUCGAGCAAUUUUGCAUAAAUUAUAUGAACGAAGUUUUGCAUCAGUUAUUCAUCAAUUUCAUAUUCAAAAUGGAACAAAGCACCUAUGAUAUGGAACAAAUAAAUUGGGAACCUAUCGAAAUUAUGGAUGAUAAAGAAGUUUUAGAUUUGAUUACAUUAGGACCAAUGAGUAUUAUGUCAAUUAUGGAUGAAGAAAGUAUUCUACCAAAGGGUACCGAUCAAAGUAUGCUCAAAAAAUUACAUACACAUCAUGGAAACAAAAAGGGAUUAUAUUUUAAGCCUCAAUCUGAUUUAGAUAAAUCAUUUGGUGUAACUCAUUAUGCUGGCAUUGUUUUCUAUCAUUCUAAAGGUUUUAUUGAUAAAAAUCGCGAGAAAUUUUCUUCCGAUUUACUUGAACUUUUACAUGGAAGUAACUUUCGACUUCUUAGAUUACUGUUUGAUGAUGUCUACAAUUAUGAUGAUAUGUCAAUGAUGCGAAAUAAGCAUCCUACAGUUGCCAGUAAUUUUAAGAAAUUAGUGGAGAAUUUAGUUGCAAAUUUGGAGCAGAAAGAACCCUUCUUUAUCAAUUGCAUUAUACCAAAUGGAAUCAAACGACCAUUGUUUAUGGAGCGUGAAAUGGUUUACAAGCAAAUGCAUUAUAUGAAUUUACUGGAAAUGGUCAGGAUUCGGAAAUCAGGUUAUCCGAUUCGAUAUCAGUAUGAAUACUUUGUGGAACGUUACCGAUUGCUUGUCGAUGGUAUUGGCCCACCGAGUACAAUAGAUUGUCGUGUGGCAUCACGACGAAUUUGUAAUACUGUUUUGGGAUUAAAAGCUGAUAUUAGGCUUGGGAAAACAAUGAUAUUCUUAAAGGAAGCGCAAAAUUUGCUACUUCAACAAGAACACGAUCGUAUGUUAAGAUUGCGAGUAACAAUAAUUCAGAAAACUGUUCGUGGAUGGAUUCAUCGAAUACAAUUUAAACAAAUGAAAGCUGCUGCUAUAAUUAUUGAAAAAUAUUGGCGAGGUUAUGUGCAACGUCAACGUUAUCAUCAGAUACGACUGGGAUUUGCGAGACUUCAAGCGAUCCUUCGUUCAAGGCAAAUUGUCCUUCAUUACAAGCUAUUUCGAGCUAUCAUAACACAAUUCCAGCAAAAUAAUAAAUUUUUUUUUGUUCCGGCUCGUUGUCGUGGUGCAUUGAUACGAAAUACACUCCGGCAUAAAAUUGAAUCCGGUGAACGAUUUCCUGCAAUGAUGGUAUCAGAGGAUGAUAUACUGAGUUGUAAGACUAGUAUCACAUCAAUUUCUAGCAAUAUGGAUGGUUGCGAUAUUGCUCUGAUAGAACAUUUAUUUGGUUACUCAUCAUCUAAUAGCAUUUCUCCUUGUGAUAUAAUUCAAACUGAAAGGCGACAGCAACAAAAUAAAACCGAAUAUUCCUGUCAUCGGUCAACAACUUGCAAUAAUAAAACGACAGAAGCAACAAAUGAUAACAACCUGAUUGCUUUUCAAUUUGAAAAAUUUGCAGCAACAUAUUUUCAAAUACAAAACAAUGCUUAUUAUACACGAAAGUCACUUCGCAUUUCAUUGCUGCCACAUGAUUCCGAUUUUGAUCGUGCUGCCUCAUUAGCAAUUUGGUCAGUAAUACAACGCUUUAUGGGAGACAUAUUGGAACCAAAAAUCUUAUCACCUUCGCAGAAUCUUGAAAACGUCAAACAUACAUCUGUAAUGAGCAAACUGCAUGCUGUAAAUAGUCGAAACGUGUUCAAAAGAAGAAACCAACGUGAAAGUGACUAUGAGCAGCUAUUAUUUAGUUCAAAAAAGUAUCAUUCCUCAACUAUGGAGCUGGCUUUUCCGCAACAGAAUGGUAUCACAUCACACACCGAUGUAUCACCUGACGAACAUGGAAUGCAAACGAGAAAUGUCAACGAAUAUGGCAGCUAUCAGCAGUAUUAUAACACAUUCUUGAAUGAAGAUAUACCGUCUAACCAGGAUAAAUUGCAAUUUAUUGUUGGACAUGGAAGUUCAUGCGCUCGUGGUUGGAUACUGUUAUCGUUAUGUUUGGGUUGUUUUGGUCCAACGGAUCGUUUUUUGCCCUAUUUGCAAUGUUUCAUACGACAAACCUGCCCAACUGGACGUUUUGCGGAAUAUAUGGAAAGUAAAUUGAAACGAACAUUAGCAAACGGAACACGUAAUUAUCCUCCUAAUUCCGUAGAGAUACAGGCAUCAAAGAUGAAGAAACCUAUAUCAGUCCAUAUUACACUCAUGGAUGGUACUAUGAUUACGGUAUGUGCAGACUCGGCGACAACAUCUCAGGAGAUCUGUGAUGAAGUUGCCGAUAGUAUCACACUCAAGGACUCGUUUGGAUUUUCUCUUUAUAUCACAUACUUUGAUAAGGUCGUUUCGCUCGGUUCCGGAACGGGCCAUAUCAUGGAUGCAAUAAGUCAAUGCGAACAAUACGCAACGGAAACAAUCAAGGAAGCUGUAAAUUCAUCAUGGCGUUUCUUUUAUAGGAAAGAAAUUUUCAGUCCAUGGCAUGAUCCAAGCACUGAUUCCAUAAGCACAAAUCUCAUUUAUCAUCAAAUCAUUCGAGGUGUCAAAUGCGGCGAAUAUCGCACUACUAAGGAGGAAGAAAUGGCAGUACUUGCUGCUCAACAGUACUACAUUUAUCACGAGGAUGAUGCAAUAAAUAUAGAUAAGUUGGAAAAUAGCUUGAUGAUGUAUCUUCCGGAGGAUGAUAUUCUGGACACCAACGAAAACAAUCAUGAACGAUGGUUGCAUCUCGUACUUCAUGCCUUUAGAAAGAAAUUUCAACAAAACCAUCCAAGUGCAGAGGAAGUAAAAGCAGAUGUGGUGACAUUUGCUAAACAAAAAUGGCCGCUUCUUUUUUCCAGAUAUUUUGAAGCAUUUAGUUAUGCUAGCUCUUCUUUACCCGAUAGUCAGUUACUGAUUGCUGUAAAUUGGCAAGGUAUUUACGUGAUCGAUGGUCAGGAUGAUGUUAUUUUGCAACUUACUUAUCCACAAAUUUCACGAAUCGUAUCUACAACAAACGAUAGAGAUGGUAUCGAGAUGCUUACAAUUGAAAUGAUCGGUGGCGAAGAAUACUGCUUUGAGUCUUUAAGUACAAAAGAUAUCAAACAAAUUGUUGAAUUUUUUUUAAAUGGAUUAAAAAAUAGGUCAAGAUAUCUUUUAGCUCUUCAGGAUUAUUUCACCGGUGAAGGUAAGGAGGAGUGGAAUACUUGUUUGAAUUUCAAAAAAGGUGAUUUAUUGUUCUUGAAUGAUGAGUACUGUGGAGCAUCACUUCGCAACAAUCAAUUUGUUAAAGGAGAAAAUAUGAGAACUGGUAAUCAAGGGAUGAUACCUGUUAAUUUAGUUCAUGUCCUUCCAACGAUAUGUAAACCAUCUGUAGAGGCAAUGGAUAUGCUGUCACGUUCCCAAGAACUUGGUUGUCCUAUAAAUCGGCAGAUGUCAUUAAUGACUCAUCAUCUCGUAGUUAAUCGCGAGCAUACGCUAGAACGUUUCGCUAAUGAUAAUUUCAGAGCAGCACCACGACCACCACAAGGCUUAAGUGAAAGUUUCUAUGAACAUUAUGCACCAUAUAGCUUAUGGUCUUAUAAUCGUGAACCAAUAAAGAUGCCUUUAUUAAAGAAAUUACAAGGAAAGAGAGAGCCAUCACAAGCAGCAAUUAAAGGUUAUUUAGCAAUUUUAAAAUAUAUGGGAGAUUAUCCAUGUCGGCGCAUUUUUACCAUCACUGAACUUACCGAUGAAGUUUUCAAAGGAGCCUUUAAAUACGAAAUCAUUCGAGAUGAAUUGUACUGUCAAUUGAUGAAACAGUUAACGCGGAAUUACAAUCCGAUAAGUAUGGAGCAUGGAUGGGAGCUAAUGUGGUUAUGCACCGGUAUAUUCCCUCCAAGUCAAUCACUCCUCAAUGAAGUGGAAUUAUUUUUUCGCACAAGACAACAUCCUUUAGCGUUGCAUUGUCUUGUUAGACUUCGACGAAUCCAACGGAUUGGACGUCGAAAAUUUCCACCACAUGAUGUGGAAGUGGAAGCAGUACGACAACGAACUGUACAAAUAUUUCAUAAAGUUUUCUUUCCUGAUAAUUCAGAUGAGAUUAUCGAAGUAGAUUCAACAACAAAAGCUCGAGAUUUUUGUCAUCGAAUUGCGACACAUUUAGGGCUCAAUUCCGUGGAUGGAUUUGCUCUAUUUGUAAAAGUUAAUAGCAAAGUUAUCUCAAUUCCGGAUAACGAAUUUUUCUUCGACUUCCUACGUCAGUUAUUCGAAUGGAUGCAUCCAAAAAAUGGGACUGUAUUUAACUUCUCCUACCAACUUUUCUUCAUGAAAAAGCUAUGGAUUAAUACAGUACCUGGAGAAGAUCGUAUUGCUGACCUCAUUUUCCACUAUCCUCAGGAAUUGCCCAAAUAUUUACGUGGUUAUCAUGCGGUCACUCGAAAGCAAGUAGUAGAAUUAGCAGCUAUAUUACUUCGUGCUCGAACUCGUGAUGAUAAGGCAGCACCAUUAUCACAGUUGGCGCAAAUCAUCGCGGAUAUCGUUCCGCGUGAUAUGAUCAAGAUAUAUAGUGGUACUGAAUGGAAAAAGUUUAUAACAAAUGCAUACGUUGGACGUUAUGAGAAUAUCCCAUCAAACGAAGCCAAAAUACAUUUCCUGAAAACGAUCGCUGAAUGGCCAACUUUCAGUUCUACGUUCUUCGAGGUAAAGCAAUCAUCAGAUUUAGCAAUUCCGGAUAAAUUAUUGGUAGCGAUAAAUAAAACAGGCGUCCAUUUAUAUAAUCCAUCAACUAAACAACGUAUUGUCCACUAUCCAUUUACAAUAUUGAGCAACUGGAACAGCGGUAAUACAUACUUUCAUAUGACUAUUGGAAAUUUAAUCAAGGGCGGUCGAGGUACUCGAUUACUCUUGGAAACAUCGCUGGGAUACAAAAUGGAUGAUUUAUUAACGUCUUACAUUAGACUCUUCCUCAGCACCCUUAAUCGACCUUCUACCGAAACGACUCAAAGCAAUACCAUCGAUUACUGUAAUAAAUGA